UAGGCGCCUUGGUUCCACUAAAAUCGCAGGCUUGAUGCUGAGAUUGACAACACAACACAUGAAUUCGGAUCAUUUUCAUGUUAAUCCUUGUAAAGUCGUAUUGCUCCCCAGUCCGGAUGGUCGACGAUGGCGCGUACUAAGGAAGCAUGUAUGAUAAUCCUAGAUGUAGGUAAGCAUACAUUGGUAUCAAAGGCGAAGAACAACCAAACGUUCUUCGAACGGGCCAAGAACUGUGUAUCAAAAAUCGUACAACGAAAGAUUUUCAGCAAACCACAAGAUGAGGUCGGUCUCAUACUCAUGGGGACCGAAGAAACCAGCAACCAGCUCAAUGUUGAGUUCGGAGGGUACGACCAUAUUUCUGAGGCUUUCGAGCUUGGCCCAAGCAAUUGGCAGAUGCUUAGAAUCUUGGAAAAACGCAUCAAACCGUCGUCUUCCAGCGCAGAGUGGAUAAACGCACUGGAAGUGGCCAUACAUUUUCUUAACACUUGCGCGCGAGCUAAGAAAUUUGCUUAUUUGAAAAUCAUUUUAAUUUCAACGCUCGCAAAUUCGGCCAGUGUCGAUACGGAGCAAGUUGAAUCGGUGAUUGAAAAAUUAACCAAAAUGCCAUGCGAGCUGAACAUUAUUAACGACAGUAUCGAGCACGGAUUAGAUUUAGAGACCCAGGAUGAGGAUCAUUCUACAUUUGGCACAGUUGGAAUAUUUGGACAGCAGUCAAGCAAAUCAAAGGAGCAACGUGCCAAUGAGAAACUGGUCUCCGAUAUUGUAUUGAAAUCGAACGGUGCUUUGUGCAACAUCGAUUCCGCCGAAUUGCUUCUCGUUCAUUUCGAGAAGAAAGCAACGAGGGCAGCUCCUUGGAACAGUAUGUUGACUAUUGGCACGCAAAUAGAGAUAAGCAUUUCCGCAUACCUUCUGAUAUCAGAGGAAAAGGGGUUGGGUCCUUUCAAAACUGAAUGUGUGGACCCCAAUGCAACGGUACAAAUGAAAACCACGUACUAUAAAAAUGAUACCCCUUUCGAGCCGGAUUUGGAUAAUCUCAUCAAGGGAUACAUGUACGGAUCCACGGUGGUGCCUUACGACAGUGCGAUGGAUAUUGAUUAUAAAUCCGGUGAACAGCGCUUAGCCUGUCAUGGAUUUACGAUGACAGGGAAUAUUUUGGAGGAAUAUUUGUGCGGCAACGGAACUUACGUUGUUGUGGCCAGGAAAGAUUGUUCCGCUUCGGAAGCGAAGUUGAGUGCUUUGAUAAAGGCAAUGAUCGACUUGGAUGUGGUAAUGAUAGCAACUAAAGUAUACCGAAGAGAUACCCGGCCAAGGAUCAAUGUGCUAAUGCCAACAUACCGGAAAGGUUAUCCAUGUUUGAUCAUGCUGGAAUUGUGUUUCCAAGAGGAACUGGCACUGCUGAAAUUUCCACCACUACUCACCAACAAAAAUAAACCCACUGAUUCGCAAUAUGAAGCCAUUGAUAAGCUGAUUGAUUCAAUGGAUCUGAUGGAUGCAUUGGAUGGAGAUACCGGCAGCAAAGAAGCUUUUGCCCUGCACAAGACUUUGAAUCCAAUUCACCAACACGUUUAUAGAACCGUAGCUCAUCGUGCACUGUAUCCAAAAGCUCCACUUCCGGCAAUGGAUGAAGAAUUAAAGGAACUUGUUGACGUCCCUACUAAACUCAAGGAGAGAUCCAAACUUCACAUGGAACAAGUGAAACAACUAUUUUCAUUGAAGGAAGUUAAAGUCAAUUCACGUAUUCAGUGGCUUCGAAAAUCCGCACAAAUCGGAUUACAAACUGACGCUACAUCUGCCGGGAGCUCGCAGCAGAACGAGCUAGAUGCUGCUGAUGAGCUGGACGACCAUCGAAUAAUUGUUGAGGUAGGCACUGUCACCCCAGCCGAAGAUUUCGCUUUGCUGCUUAAACGUGGCGAAAAAUUCGCCACGGUAUGUACCCAACUGCAGCGUGUUAUAUCAGACCUCGUGUUCAAAUCGAUGACUAUCCAGUACGAGAAGAUAGCGAUGUCAAUUAUGAUGUAUCGGGAAGAAGCAAAGUUGUUGGGACCUUACCGCUACAAUGAAUGGAUUGUAGAGUUUAAAAAAAGUUUGUUCGGACGGAAUAAGCAUGAAUUUUGGGAACAGAUAAUAGUGAAGGAACGUUUCGGACUAAUAGAAGCGAACGAAAGUGACAUGAGUACUGUAACAGCGGACGAAGGAAGGGAGUUCUACAGCAUAAGCUCAGCGAAUAAAACUGUUUCAGAAGAUAAUGUCGACUACAUCGACGCCGAUGAUUUGUUUGCCAACAUGUAAAACAUGAUAGCUGGAUGAUGCCGAUUCAUUAAAUUAAAAUCGUGUGAGAAAACAACAUAGGAUUAAAUUUAUUUGUGUCAAAUUAUGUUGAAAGUUGCGUAUAACUAGAAUAUUUAACAAGAACAGCUGGCAUCUUUGAACGGUGCGGGUUUCCCUCCAUUGGUCCGGGGCCAGUGUCAGCGGACACCCUUGCCCACCGACCAGAAGUAACAAUCCAACGAGCAACCAAAAUAACUACAUUAGCAAAGAUUCAAUGUAUUAUAUGUUAAAAUUUUUUGUCUCGUUGAAUUUUAAUUUGUCAUUUUAUUUAUGUUUUGUGAAAUAUGUUCUCUACAUCUUCCGGUACCUUAAAGGCCGUUUUUUUCUUACAGAGAUGAACCAGCUCAGAAGGCUAAAAGUCUCUAUAAUAAAGAAUAAUAAAAAAGAAAUAUCCGUUGUUGCUUUUGCAAUAAAUGAUAAACACUCAGUUUCUGUUUUUCCCAUUCUAAUUAACUCCGGCCAAUUGUUUGAAAAAUUGUACAAUAACUUUGACUAUGACGUACUGCCGUUCUACGCAUAGUUGUCCCAUGUUACUUUUUGACAGUUUUCACUUUUCUUCAUAAAACGAUGUUUUAAUGCCUAAUCUUUCUGAAAACACACAAAAAAGUUAUAGUUUGUUCCCAGCUUUGAAAAAACAUCAUCAAGCUCAAUUGUCCCAUGUUGAUAUUCUAUUCAUAACUGUCCCACCAUGUAUUUUUUGUAGACCCAUAUCAAAUAAAUCGGUUUAAGUACAAGAGUUUUAUGUCACGCUAUUAGCAAGACUAAUGCUCUCAUUUCUGGUUUGGAAGAACGAACUGAUUCUCAAACAAACAAAAAAAUGUUGACCAGAAACACUAAAAACGUAUUGUUUGUUCCCAGUAUUUCAAAAAACAACAUCAAGUUCAAUUGUCAAUUGUUGUUGAUAUUCUAGGCAUAACUGUCCCAUCAUGAGUUUUUAAGCUCGUAACCAAGAUUGAUUGAUUCAAAUGAGGGGAUCUGAUUUCAUUGAGCAAUAGUUUUUUGCUUAUAAAAAACACAGUGUAUUGUUAAACCGAAGUGCUUAAAGCUUCUGGUAGACAAUAUGCUAGAAAUAUGCUUUGAUUGCGUUUUUCUCAGUUGCUGAUUUUGCAACAUGGGACAGCUAUGCGUACAACGGCAGCGUAGCAUUGUUCAAAUAUUUUUCUCAAUGUUCACUAACAUUCAAAAAUAUGUUCUGUUAAAUAAACGAGACAGUUUUCAUGUAAUAUU